GCGGUGUCGGAGCCGGCCGGUGACUCUCGUUGCAGAUCGAAUACGACGGUUAGGUACGACGAAGAAGGACCACGAUUGUCGUUGCUGUUACGUACUUUGACCUCCUCAACGCACUAUCUUGCUUAAGCUAUCGCUCUUGUCUGUCGCUGUGGUGAUAUAAAUUCUGCCGCCUGCUCUUGGUUUAUUCCGAGGACGCUCGUUCCAUCUCUGUUUUUUUUUUCUCUCUGUGACAUCGAGGACUGAAGUCUCACUUAUUCAAAUACACAUUUCCCUCACCAUGACCGACAUCGAUUACAAGCUCGAGGCUGUUCCGGCCACUCGGAUUGCCGCCGAUGAUAUCGACAAGACUUUCCGUUCCAGCACCAUCGAUCUUAUCUCAGGGGCUCUCGGUGGCAAGGUUCUCGGUUUCUCGGACGAAUGGUUCGCCGAAGCAGCCAACCUCCUCACUCCUACAGCCCCAAUCCGCCAGCCGGGAAAGAUGGUUUACACCGGCGCCUGGUAUGACGGAUGGGAGACAAGGAGACACAACCCUGCCGAGUUCGACUGGGUUGUGAUCCGUCUGGGCGUCGCCUCGGGUACCGUCGAGGGUGUCGAGAUUGACACGGCUUUCUUCAACGGCAACCAUGCGCCCGCCAUCUCGGUCGAGGGUUGCUUCAGCCAAAACGACGAUGAGGUUCUGUCAUGGAAGGGCGAGCGUGGUGGAUGGGAGACUAUUCUUGGCGUUCAAGAGUGCGGCCCUUCGCAGAGAUUCGGCUGGAAACUCGAGAACCCUACCAAGAAGCAGUACACCCAUGUGCGACUAAACAUGUACCCCGACGGCGGCAUUGCCAGGUUCCGUCUGUUUGGACACGCCGUACCGGUCUUCCCCGACAAUACGGAUGCCAUCUUUGACUUGGCGGCUGCCCAGAACGGCGGAGUUGCGAUCUCCUGCAGUGACCAGCACUUUGGUACCAAGGACAACCUUAUCCUUCCGGGCCGCGGCAAGGACAUGGGCGACGGUUGGGAGACAGCACGCUCGCGCACCAAGGGCCACGUCGACUGGACCAUCAUCAGACUCGGCGCGCCCGGCUACAUUCAGAAUUUCAUGGUCGACACGGCUCACUUCCGCGGUAACUACCCCCAGCAGGUCAAGCUGCAAGCUAUCGAGUGGAAGAGCGAGGGCGAGCCGGGAGCGGAUUCUGAGGGCUGGACAGAGGUUGUUGAGCCCAUCAAGUGCGGUCCCGAUCAGGAACACCCUGUCGAGAGCUUGGUGAAGGACAAGCCGUUCACCCACGUCAAGCUCAUCAUUGUGCCUGACGGCGGAGUGAAAAGACUGCGGGUGUUUGCGAAGAGGGCUGUUUAAGAAAUUACCAAGCUAUAUAUCUGAAGGCAAUUAUUCGGUGAGAGCAGCAUUUACGGGGAGCCAUCAACAGCGAGCGAUCCACAUAAAAAGGGGGAGGACCUCAUUUAGUAUGAUGGGCAACGAGUGCAGUCAUUUGAGCGCGAAGAAUCGAAAUCUCUCAGAUCUUUGAUUGUCUGCGCUUAAGUAACAAAGUCUAAUUCUCAAUCAGCUUUCGUCGUAGAGUAAAAUUAGAAGGAUGCACGGCUGCCCACGAGACGAGGUUGUUGCGAAGCUUGAAUUUGAGUACAGCAGUCGGCACCCCAGAAGUAAAGUUCGCUAGCUCCUCGCUAGGCUCGAUAACAAUCAGGGUCCUUAUUUCCCCACAAACUACCGGUCGAGAUGCCCUCACCGACGUUUGUACUUGGGUGACCUCAGAUCUUGGGACGCGUCGCCCAAAAGUCGUACAGCAAUGCGUCAGUUUGGUUUUAAU